CCCAUAGCCUUUAGCCAGAUUCCGAAAAUUAGAAUUGGAUCACGGAGUUAAAAAAGAGAUCCUGUAAAUUACAUCAUAUUUUAACUCGAAAGUCAAGUAGAAGAGCGUCACGUAGCAAUGAAGUUGAAUGUAGAUGGGCUUUUGGUUCACUUCCCUUAUGACUACAUCUAUCCAGAGCAGUUUAUGUACAUGCUUGAACUGAAAAAGCUUCUUGAUGCAAAGGGUCAUGGAGUUCUUGAAAUGCCAUCAGGGACGGGGAAGACUGUUUCUCUUCUCGCUCUCAUUGUGGCUUACAUUCAGGCCAAUCCUAAUGCUCUUACAAAGCUCAUCUACUGCUCGAGAACAGUUCCGGAAAUUGAAAAGGCAGUGGAAGAACUGAGAAGACUGUUGGAUUUCAUUGAAGAGGAGACUGGGGAAAAGCCAAACUUUGUCGGCCUUGCUCUCAGCUCCAGAAAGAACCUAUGCAUACAUCCCGAGGUUAGCCAGGAGAGAUUGGGUAAAAUAGUAGACAGCAAGUGCCAUUCCCUCACAGCAUCUUACAUCAGAGAGCGUCGGAAGCACGAUCCAUCCGUGCCUACCUGCUCCUUCUAUGAGGAGUUUGAUGCCAGUGGUCGUGACGUCCCAAUACAACCUGGUGCAUACAGUCUUGAUGACCUAAAAGAGAUAGGCAGAGAGCAUGGAUGGUGCCCUUAUUUCUUAGCCAGAUACACGAUAUCUCAUGCUAACGUCAUUGUUUAUAGCUAUCACUACCUUUUGGAUCCUAAGAUCGCUGAACAAGUCUCCAAAGAACUCUCCAAGCAAUCUUGUGUUGUCUUUGAUGAAGCUCAUAACAUUGAUAAUGUCUGUAUAGAGUCUAUGAGUGUGAACAUCAGCAGAAAAACGCUUGAUAAGAGUAGCCAGAAUCUGGAUUCCCUCACCAGACAUAUCAAUCGUAUCAAAGACACAGAUGCCCAGCGGUUGAGAGAAGAAUACCAGAGGCUAGUAGAUGGUCUGAGAGAUGCAAGCAGAGCAAGAGAGACCGAUGUCCAUCUUAGUAAUCCUGUUCUUCCAGAUGAAGUUUUAGAGGAGGCCGUGCCCGGUAACAUCCGCACUGCAGAGCAUUUCAUCGGUUUCUUGAAGCGGUUUGUAGAAUACAUGAAGACAAGAUUAAGGGUCCAGCAUGUCAUCUCGGAGACACCAGCAUCGUUCCUCAAAGAUGUCUUCUCCAAAGUGUGCAUAGAAAGAAAACCUCUAAGAUUCUGUGCAGAACGAUUGCAUUCUUUGUUGCGUACAUUGGAGCUAACUGACCUCCAGGAUAACAUGUCUCCUCUACUGGGUGUUGCAAGUUUUGCUACGCUGGUCAGCACUUACACAAAAGGUUUCAGCCUCAUUAUAGAACCAUUUGAUGAUAAAACACCUACCAUCUCAAACCCAGUACUUCACUUCAGUUGUAUGGAUGCUUCUCUUGCUAUCAAACCUGUGUUCGACAGGUUUCAAUCUGUUGUCAUUACCUCAGGGACCCUUUCACCACUGGAUAUGUAUCCCAAGAUUCUUGACUUCAGACCUGUUUCAAUGGCUUCUUUCUCGAUGACUCUAUCACGCAGUAGCAUCUGCCCGAUAAUUGUAGCAAGAGGAAAUGAUCAGGUGACUAUAUCAUCAAGGUUUGAGAGCAGAGAAGAUGUAGCUGUGAUCAGGAACUAUGGCAAUCUUAUUGUUGAACUCUCGGGGAUCGUUCCUGAUGGAAUCGUAGCGUUCUUCACCAGCUACACUUACAUGGAGUCGGUGGUUGCCAACUGGUAUGAACAAGGGAUCAUUGACUGCAUACAGAAGAACAAGCUUCUAUUCAUUGAGACUCAGGAUGCUGCCGAGACCAGUAUCGCACUCAACAACUACCACAAGGCUUGUGAGAACGGCCGAGGUGCUAUUCUGCUGUCUGUAGCCCGGGGCAAGGUGUCCGAGGGAAUUGAUUUUGAUCAUCACUUUGGGAGAGCAGUGGUGAUGCUUGGUAUACCUUACGUCUACACACAGUCUAGGAUUCUGAAGGCUCGUCUGGAGUACCUGAGGGAUCAGUACCAGAUCAAAGAGAAUGAUUUCCUUACGUUUGAUGCAAUGAGGCAUGCAGCACAGUGUGUUGGAAGAGCUCUUAGAGGGAAGACAGAUUAUGGAAUCAUGGUCUUUGCUGAUAAGAGAUACUCAAGAGCUGAUAAGAGGGGGAAGCUGCCCAGAUGGAUCCAGGAGUACAUCAAAGACAGCGUUCUAAAUCUAUCAACAGAUGAAGCCGUGCAAAUCAGUAAACGAUUCCUACGUCAAAUGGCCCAGCCUUUCAAGAGGGAGGACCAACUUGGGAUGUCUUUACUCACUCUUGAACAACUAGAAUCAGAAGAGAUGAAGAAGAAGCUAGACCAGACUGUUCAUCAAGUCUGACAUGGCAGUGAAAGAACAAUCAGCAGUUCUUGGUUCAAGUGCCUGUAUACUUGUUAAGGAUCAAAGAGUUCAGAAGUUUUACCUGGUACUGAAACAACAAGGAUCUGCAAGUCUUGUCCCUCUUGUGAUGGGUCUGUUGGCUUCUUUAAGGAUCAAAGAAUUUGGAAUGUCUGACAUGGUACGGAAAUAGUAAUCGGCAAGUCUUGUUACUCCUCGGUUGAGAAUCUGUAGACUUCUUAAGGAUCAAAGGGUUUGGAAAUCUGGCGUGGUACAAAAACUUCACAGAUCGGCAUGUGUUGUCAGCCACUUUACAGUAACAAGUCUAAAGAGAUGAUGAAGAAUUUAAGCUAAAUUAUUGACCAUGCUGAACUAUUUGACAUAGCAUGGUAUUGAAUGGCAAGGACUAGUGAGUCACGUUUCUUCUUAUACCAGAGCAAAGGCUGAACCAUACAGUUCAUCUAGUCUGACAUGGAACUUGAAAGGCAAAGAACAACAUCAGCAUGGGCUGUAUCUGAAAGCAUAUGAACAGCAAGAAUCAGAUGAGGCGGAAAAGAAGUUGGACUGAUGCAUUUGUCCUAAGGGUAACAUUCAUUUGAAAAGACAAAUACAGCACCAAUACGAGUUAUUUGUUCAAACUCUUGAACAACAAGAGUUGACAAAAUGAAGCAGAACCUGUACCAAUGCGCCUUAAGGUUUGACACUGAAUCAAAUGUUUGUUGAGCUGUUGAAAUCAUUUGCUAGGCAGAAGAGACACCUUGAUAUUUUGUAUAAUAGGAAAAUGGUUUGGUACACACGCUCCUUCUCUUCUACCUACAACUAUCCAUAGGACUUGACUAAUUUAUCAAGUCUGAUAAUGAUAAUAAUCUCUGCACCCACUAGGAAGUCUUAUUUUGGAUUUCCCAUUGUUUCCUCCCAUCCCUGUAUUCCAUUUAACCUUCCUCUCUCUAUUUCUCCUCCCUACCUCCCCUUGCCCUUCCAUUUCUCAUUCCCUCUACCUUUCUUCUGUCUCUCCCCUUCUCCUAAUCCUAUCCCAUCUUCUCCCCCUUCUCUCUCCCCCUUUCUUUCCCUUCCUUUAAAUUUUUGUUGUUGUUUUCACUGCCAUUCUCAUUAAUGCACCAGUGUUCCAGGUGAAGUCGUGAAUGUUACGUAAUGGCACGCACUAUCAUUUCCCUGGUCAUUACUACGUGUCAAUGUGUGUAUUUUAUCUGUACAGACAGGUCCCCUUGGAAGAGCAGUAUUUGAUUUUGAAAUGGCUACAUUGUAUAAAGAGGAUAAAGAAAAGGAAAAAACCAACACAGUUCCUUCAUGAAAGAAACAAUAACAGUAAUCAAUGAUUAUUUACUCGGUUUGGCAGCUUUGCAUCAACAGGGCCCCAUAACAUAUCAUAUAGCAUAUCAUUGUAAAUGUAAAAAGAUUGAAAGAGAAAAUAAAUGAAUUGAAUUGAAUUGAACAUACAUCUUAGCUACUGAUAUAGGGGCUGAUUUAUAUUUAUACAGUCUAAAAAGUCAGCUCUAAGAUUAAUCACAAAGCAUUAUGUUACAGGGCCCAAAGUCUUCUUUUUUUACAGAUAAGUUUGGAUUCACUGACCCUUAUUCUGAAGUCGGGUUUAACGUAAACUCGGGUCUAAAGUUGUGGUUUUAGUAUGGAUAGCCAAGUGUUACAUAAAUCUCUGACAGUAGAGAUAUAAUAUUUCACCUCAUUUGGCACUCAAUUCAUUCAUAAUUGUGUAGGAAGUAUAAAUAGAUUGUCUACACCAUCGAUCAGGAAAGAGCACAGUAAACAUAAAAAAACAUACAACUUAAUAAAAAUUUUGACACUUUUGGCUUCCCAUAAUUUUAGCACAGACUUAGACCAUGGUCGAAGUUAAACCUGGCUUCAGAAUACGGGCCACUGAUUUCAAGAUUAAGGACCAUAGUUCGUAGAAUCAGACUGAAUUUCCUGAAUCUGUGGGAUUUAUUAGGGUUUUCGAGAUUUAUGCUGUAAGAAAUGUAUUACUCCUACAUUGUAGAAGAGGCUAUAUGAAAGUUAGCUUUGAAGAUAUUGGCAAUUUUAAAUAUGCAAAUAGGAGCCCAUGCCCUACUCUAUGGACUUAUAAGUCGGUCUCAAGUCACAGCUGUUGAUGACGUGAUUGCGGUUCGGAAUUGGAUUUGCUUUUAUCCCCAAAGAGAAACUAGACAACGUCGACUGGAAUUUCAAUUUUGAUAUUCUUACGACUAUUUGGAAUGAUGAUUUUAUAAGCUGGAAUGUUCAUAUCAAAUGCUAUUACAAUUGAACAGAAAAUCGGAUCGCAAUGGAUCGAAUUAUAUAUGCUGGCUUUAUGUUUGCAAUGAAUCAGAAGUUGGCAAUAGCCAAAUAAAAUCAUUGCUACAUUCACAUUAUGAAUGCACCCACUAUCAGUCCAUGAGUAGUUUGAAAUUUGCAAUUGAUUACAUACUUUUGUGUUACUUGGACUAGGAACUCAUAUUCUGCAACCAUUCAUUAAUAUUGAAUAAAAAAUGUGUUAUCUGAAUAACUAGAAACAAAGGGCUUCACAGUUGUCGCAUUCUUAGUUGCUUGAUGUAAACAUCAUAUCAGACACAGGGCCUUGUCUUCACAUUAAUGGAAACCAUUCUCCCAGUCUAUCAGAUGAAUCAGAUGCAAGUAAUUUCAGUAAGUUAUAUGAUAUACAUAUAUAUUAUAUCAACUUGCGAUUGAUGACUUUUAUAGGAAAAUGUUCCUACUUCUGGCUGGGAGGCUCGUAUCUCCAUGGUUACUUCUUAAAUCAUGGGUACACCGUGUACAGAAAGUGCAAAAUAAAAUUUUGUAGAAAUGA